GUGAGACAUGUCGCGGUCAGCAUGACUGGAGGCGGCGCUCCCUUUUUUCGUCGUAGUUCAUCUAGUACUAGAGCAGCUGGAAGAGGAGGGAGACAGUCGUCAAGUGCGGAGAGAUAUCAAAUGUCUACUUCAGAAGAUUAUAGUGGCCUAAGUACAACAGAAGAGCAAGACGAGGAUGAAGACGCUCCUGGUGGUCGCAGGACUACAAGGUCUUCAUCGCGAAACAUUCGAGGAGUAAAUCACAAUGGAGGUGAAAGAUGGAAGCACGUUUCUGCUUCUCCUCCUCCGAUUCUUGAAGAACAAGAAUCUGAGUUUUCCAAGAAGAACAGAAAUAACUCCUCUUCAUCACGGACUCGGCCAAGCAGGCCAUCGACUGCCGGAAGGUAUCGCAAUAUCGAGAUAUUCAAGACUCGAGGGCGAAGAGGACGGAGAACGUCACAAACGAGUCCUCCGGGUACUAAAGGUAAACCCGUAGUUCACCAGGAGCACAGUUCUGGACUACCCCUCCCAGCCAACGAAAACGAUGUCGAUUGCCCAAUCUCUCCACCAAAAGUAGACCUGAACGCAAUGAUGGCACAGUUAGGUGUCCUCUCUCCAGAAUCCUCUCCCGAUGGCGGUCGUGUCAGAAGACGAGACGAGCAAGCUUUGGAGGAGCAUUCGAAACAACUACGGAAGUUGUUGGGUUCUUCUGGAGGUGGAACAGCGGCCAAGGAGCAGAGGCCUGAUGACUCAUUACCUGAGACUAGCGAUGAAGGUGACUUACAAGAUGAUGAUGGUGUCGUGGGAAUAAAAUAUCUUCAAGAUGAAGAUGCUUUUGAUGUAGACCGACAUCUCCUAGAUUUGGAACAAGAUCUUGGUCUUGGUGAAGAUGGUUCUGCUGGAGAGGAGGUGCCGGAUCUUAGUGGCCUUCUCUAUGCUACGACAGAUGCAGGUUGCUCCUCACAUGAUGAACAGUUAUCGAGUGCUUUACUCGCCGAUCGUGGAGGUGGUGGGUCACAUGUUGCACAUCAAAGACCACAAGCGCUACCAUCAAGAACAUCAGCAAACCCCAAACCACUUUCCUCACGCACAACUCCACCUGCACCAAGUUCGUCAACUAGCAUGAUCGGGUUUCAGAGAUCUACAUCGAAGAUGUCAUCCUCUUCUAUAGCAUCUGCUGGAUCACCAGGCUUUCCUCCAGGACCUGAAUCUUCAUCUGCUUCUGCACAACAACAUCAACCUCAACCGGUCAACAACUGCCAAGAAGACGACCAUACUAGUACACAUCAAUCUGUGCGCGCACCACCAAGACCCAAACGCAACGUUUCUGCUUCUCUUCGGCGAAAUCGAGAUAAGAUCUUCAUGAUGGAGGGAGAUCAUUGCGCUCUACCGCCACCUCCUCCAAGAGGAUCUGCUCAGGUUUCUUCAACGUCAAAGGUGAGCGCUGUUGAAUCUUCAAGGGCGUCAACUGCACCAGCUGCGGACGAAGAGCAUACAAGAACACGCAGUCGUCGCAAGACCAAGAAACACCUGAGUUUCUUCAGUCGAGAUUUUCGAUCACGCUUUGUGCCGUUCAUUGACGCUUGCGUAUCAAACAGGGCGCUUCGAGCCUUGCACCGGCGUACACCGAGGAUGCGGUUGGGGAAUUACUUGCUCUUUCAAGUUCACCGAGCAUACUUGAACGACGAAACGCUAAUGAGUUUGUCAUUGGCUCAAUUACCCAUGUCCUUGGCUGAAGCACACCAGUUAGAACCUCGCAUACUCCCCAAGCUUUUGCAGAGUCUGCAGUCGAACAGCCAUCUGGAGAAUCUCGAUUUGCGUGGGUUGAAAGGAGACUCCUCGUCCUCGACUGAGGGCUCUUCUAACAACAACUCGCCAUCCGAACAAGACGAUCCUCAUCCUCUCUCAACUUUUUUUGCCGCUUCCUUCUUUUCCGCUCUUGGUUCUGCCUUAGAGGCGAAUAGCACUCUGAAGUACCUGGAUAUGUCAGGGAACUUCGUCAUGGAUGUGAGUACUUCAGAAGAUCAAGGUUCCAAAGCAAUACUCCCACUUCUGUCCAGCCUCUUCACUUUCGCAGACAGUCUCGCGCACAAUUCUGGUCUGGAGGUCCUGAAUAUAGGGGAAAUCGAAGAUGUCACCAUCGAUGUGGAUUUGAGAAAAACAGUAGAGGAUGAGCUAUUAAACAUGCAGGAGAACAAAGACAACAAGUUCAACUACAACAAUUAAGGCUGUACCUAAUACAUCUUUGGGCGCAUCCUUGAAACGUAUGGAGGAGUAUCCUAAGCGAAUACUGCCCCAUACUUUUCAAGGAUGCACUUGAAAGAUGAGCUGCCGACAGCUCUAAAACAACAUCAGAAGGAUGAAGAACAUGAUGAACAACAAGAUACUUUUUGAGGAUCAACGGGAAAUCGACCAGUUCCUCAGACUCCUCGUCGAAGAAGAAGAUCAAAUAAGUGCUGCAGUUCCGGAUCUCGCCGUUUCCCUGUGGGAACGACGUCUAGCCUUCGCUUUAAAGUCGAACUCAACACUCCUCAAACUAGGCAUGGUCUUCCACGACCGCUUAGCGAAAGAGGCAGUAGACGCGACUCUAGCUAGAAACCAAAAACUGAGGUUCCAAACACGGAGAAUGCGGCUGUUAAGGUUUCAGGAGAGGAGGUUAUUGAGGGAGUUGAUGGUGGAAGAUCUGGAAGAGGAGUGAAUCUGCUGUUGCCGGUAGAUGCGAUGUGUCUAUCAAGGAUGCACAGAAUAGAAUGUCGAGCACGUCUCAUCUGUCAGUUGCAUACCGAAAGAACAGAUUUUCAAUCAUUAUUUGUAACUGUAUUCAUGAUUUGUAACUGUAUCAAUCCAAUCUACAUCUAGUUCUACUAGUACUAGUUCUUAUCUUCGUUGAUUUUGACUUUGUUGAAUUUCUUGAAAUAUGCUAGCUGCAGCAACUUACUAAUUGUAAUUUGCUGCAUCUUGUUGUCGUUCUUGAAUAUAGAAGAUUUUUUGCUCUUGAUCAUUUUGUGAGUAUAGUUGCGCUCUCUUGAACGACCUGCGAAAUAUAUUGUUGUCAUAAUCCACAAGACUAAUUCCCUCAUCGCGUGCCGGGAGAAAGAUGCUUUUCAUAUUCAUGUUCAUUGAUUUGACACGCCGCGCCCUUUGUUCCAGACUCAAGAUGAUCUUAGCCCUCUUCUUCAUGUUCUACUGUAC